AUGACAAUGGAGUCCACUGAUGGUGCAUUGAGUCCUCUACGCUUUACCGCUAAUGAUGAACUGACUAAUAGCGGCCAAAUUAUCAAGAACUUCAGUAGUCUUGCCUUCAAGGACUGGCCAAACGAGGCAGGGUUUGACCAUCUUGAGGAGCACAGAGGGCCUAUUGAGCUAGUCGUUCGUGGCGACAUACCAGCAUGGGCUUCUGGUAGCCUCUACCGCACCGGACCUGGGGUCUGCAGUGUGCGGGACACGCCUAAAGGGACCUUUGAUAUAUCGCACUGGUUCGAUGGCCUCGCUCAUACUCACCGAUUCGAGAUUGUGGCUAGCAGCGAUGAAGACGCACCUACGAAUUCAAAGGUCCGCGUGUUUUAUUCAUCCCGUCGACAAGCCGAUGGUAUCAUGGAGGACAUCAAACACCACGGGACCUACCGAGCGAUGACCUUUGCUCAAAGGGCGGAUCCCUGCGUUGGCUUGUUUGCCAAGUUCAUGAGUGUGUUCAAGCGUCCUGCCGGAGGAUUGAACAUUGCUGUCACAGUGAAUACCGAUUUGCCCGCGAAGGCCAUGUGUUCUCGCCUAAAAGCAAACACUUCGGCCACACCCAAUGGAGAACCAGAGCUGGGUCACCGCGCAUCAGCUAAGAAUGUCUUUCUUGCAACCGAUGUGGCGGUCUACAUGGAAGUCGAUCCGGCUACACUGGAGCCCGUCGGAACUGUCAAUCAGAGCAGUAUCCACCCCGAUCUCAAAGGCCGUCUCUCUGGAGCUCACGGAAAACGAGAUCCCGUGACUGGCGAUUUCUUCAACUUCAACACGGAGUUGGGUCGCACAGCUACGUACCGCAUCUUCCAAAUUGUCGCUUCGACUGGGGAGGUCAAGAUCCUGGCCACAAUUUCUGGCAACACCAUCAAGGCUGCCUAUAUUCACAGCUUUUUCUCACUCCAAGUUAUGUCAUCCUCUGUGUCCCGCCUCUUCAUUAUAAAAACGGCGGCCUGUCCGUUCUUUGGACAGGAAAUGUUCUGGAUGCCACUGCUUUCGAUGCUUCCCAGCCUUGCAGAUGGCUCGUAG